AUGUCGAACCGUCUCAACCUUAUCGCAAACCACUUGGCCGCUCCGGCGUCAGCUACGCACCCGAAGGGAGUAUUGGCCGGUCAAGUCGCUAUCAUUACUGGAUCCGGACAAGGAAUCGGAGCCGAAGCCGCCAAGCUCUUCGCCGCUGAAGGCGCCAAAGUCGUCAUAACCGACAUCGAUGCCUCAAAGUCCGAAGCCGUAACGAAAGAGAUCGUCGCUGCCGGCGGAAUCGCGCACUCCAUCCCGGGUGAUGUUAUGGAUCCCAGUUUCCCCGAGAGAUUGGUGGAGGAGACGGUUAGGAAGUUUGGGGGGUUGAAUAUCUUGGUGAAUAAUGCUGGGUUUACGUAUGAUGGGACGAUUCACAAGAUGACGGAUAAGCAGUGGGAGACUAUGCUCACCGUCCACAACACCGCACCCUUCCGCCUCGUCCGCGCCGCCGCAAAAUACUUCCGUACGAAGAACAAGGAUGCAAACAAGUGCAUCAUCAACAUCUCCUCAACCUCCGGUCUCCACGGAAAUUUCGGACAAGUCAACUACGCUUGCGCCAAAGCCGGUGUCGUGGGUCUCACCAAGACGAUCUGCAAGGAAUGGGGUGCUUUUGGCGUCAGGGCUAACACGGUUGCGUUUGGGUAUAUCGAGACCAGGUUGACUGCGGCCAAAGAGGAGGGCGCCUUUGUUGAGGUCGAGGGGAAGAAGGUUGCGUUGGGGAUUCCGGGGGGGAGGAAGAAGGGGAGUGAUGAUGCGGUUAAGGCUUUGAGUGAUAUCCCACUUGGAAGGCCGGGGAGUGCGAAGGAGGCUGCGGGGAGUAUUUUGUUGUUGUGUAGUCCCUGGGCGAGUUACAUCAGUGGACACACUUUGGAGGUUACUGGUGGACGUGGAAUCUAA